AUGCCCGUGUGUGGCGUCUGCCGUGGCGGGGAUAUUCCAGUCAGGAUAUAUUUGAAGAAUAUGAAUUUAAAAAAUAAAUAUGAGACUCCAGUGAGGAUACACUUGAAGAAUGUAUAUGCUACUCUCACCCUUGCUACCAUAGCAGCCUCUCUGCAGAGACUUUCUCUCCUUGGUAUCUUUGCCUUCUUGACUGGCUGUAACCUUGGCCCAUUUUUGAAUCUGGCUGUGACUAUCAACCCUGCAUUGGCAAAUUUGUACAUUGGUCUAGCAGUCAUGUGUGGUUUUAUAGUCUAUGACACUCAGUUCAUUGUUGAGAGAGCACGCCGAGGAGAUAUGGACUAUGUGAUGCACAGUUUGAAUCUAUUCGUUGACUUUGUUGGAGUAUUUUGGCGCCUUCUCAUGAUCCUUACAAAUAAGGUGAAGCAUUUAUUUGAAGAUCUACUUUACUGUCAUUUUUACUGUUAA